UUAGCAGAUCAGUGUCUCUCAAUUCUAUUAUCUCAUUCUCAACAAGGCGGGCUGAGGCAGAUGGCCGUUUCUGAUGCAGUGGCUGGGAACUUGACGACGAUCUACGUGGCAGUGAUCACAGGGAUCAAGGCGUAUGGGGUGGUGUUUGGUCAGAGCUUCAGUGGUGGCUUUGUGCUAAUCGUGUCCACCAUCGUUGUGUGCCUUAUCCUGAUUGCGACUCUGACGUGGGACGUGUCCCGUAAAGCCACGUAUGCAAUCCGGCGCGACCAUUCUGUUCAUGUCCACGACAUGUGCAAGGGUGGUAUUUGCUGGCAUGGUGUCGCUGUCCAGUCGUCGGCUUCUGAGGUCCGGCUUAGGCUCCCGCACCAACUCAGCUACGGCUCGUCGUUAAAUUGAUAGCAGGAAUCUUGAAGUGGGUAAAAUAUCUCUUUCUCGGUCGUUGAUGUGUUGAUGUGUUGAUGUGCUGAUGCGUUGAUGUGUUGAUGUGUUUGCGUUUAUCUACGAACGACGUACAUGGAGGGUUUUGCUUUUUGGAUCGAGUGAGGAAUAUGAUUGUGUAUAAAUAAUUAAUGCGGACAAGGUAAUGCAAUUGUGUGUUAUACUUAUAAAUAAAUAUUGGGCUCACACUUCUCUCUCUAAUUAACAGUUGGGAACUGCAAGAGUCUGUUGUAAAUUAAGCUUUGUUUGUUUUCCCUCCAAUAAACAAAUAAAUAAAAGAACAUUUGUCCCAACAAAA